GCUUCGCCAAAGAGGCUAUUAGAAUCUGAAAGAAUCUUACUAUUUAACCAAAAAAAGAAAGAAAAAGCAAACCCAAAGCAGUAAGUUAAAUAUAGUUUAAUUCUCCAUUUGCUCAAACUUUGCUUCUUUGCUUUGCUUUGCUUCACUUUUGCUUUUGAUUCUGUCCAUUUCCAGCGCAUUUGUUUCUUCAUCGGCUAGGGUUUUGCAGACACUAGACAUGAUUCGAUCUCUUAUCAGUUUGUGACGUUUUUGCUGUUUGGAUUGAGAUGUUGUUGGGUAUUGUUUUGGCUUUGCUACCGUUAUUGAAAGGUGUAAAGCCCUUUGAGAUGGCGAGUAAAAUAAGCAGGAUUGCAAAUUUGGAGUGUACAACCACCAUCACCUGAGUACUUCACUGGAACAUAUGUGAUUAUUGGAGAAACAAGAUAACCAACCUCAGGGAACUCAUAGCCAGCUUGUGGGGCUUCAGAUAGGUGUUCAGUGGAAGUUGCAUAAUGCAAUUAUAUAUGUUAGAUUAAUGUCCUUUCUGGCUGUUAUUUUGUUACUUUAGGUUUUCUGGAGAUGUUUUGUGCAUUAAGGGAAUGUAGAAUUUAAGAAAUGGAAGACUAUCAAGAAUUAGAUAUUCCGCUUGCUAGCUGGAUCAGCAAAAAUCCCUCCGAGAUGGCAGAAUCGUGGUUUUUUAUUCUCUGUUGUUUCAUUGCUGGUUUAGUCGGGAUUCUCACUAUCAUUUACACUGCUUUCCAGUGGAGAAAGAACGUAAACAUUAGUUGGAUGAAAGCUAUAGCUAGGUCAAAGAAAAACCCGAAAGCCAGGUAUAAGGUCCCUGUAGCUUCUCAUAGUUGGACUUUGGAAUCCGUAUCUCGAGGAAAAAGUUUAAAUUGCUGUGUCUGCUUAGAGUCCAUGUCGCCAUCUCAAACUCUUGGACCAAUGGUGGCAUCAGAGAGUUUUUUUAAUUGCUGCUGCACUUGUGGUGCAGCAGCUCAUCUUAGUUGCUCAUCGAAUGCUCAUAAGGACUGCAAAUGUGGAUCAAUGUUUGGAUAUAAGCACGUGGUACAUCAGUGGGCAGUUCGGUGGACAGAGGUAGCAGAUCAACCAGAUGACUCUUUCUGCAGCUACUGUGAAGAGUCGUGCAGCAGUUCGUUUCUUGGGGGUUCCCCUAUAUGGUGUUGCUUAUGGUGUCAGCGCCUGGUUCACAUUGAUUGCCAUGCUAAUAUGUUCAAUGAAACUGGUGAUAUUUGUGACCUGGGCCCUUUCAGAAGGCUUAUCUUAUCGCCUCUUCAUGUUAAAGAGUUUACUAGGACGUCCUCUGGUGGACUGCUGAGUUCUAUCACACAAGGAGCCAAUGAAAUUGCAUCUUCAGUACGUGCUACUAUUAGAAGUCAAAGCAAGAAAUACAAACACAAAAAUAAAAAUCAUUUAAAUGAAGUCUCCGCUGACACAGGCAAUGGUGAUAAUACUGGUGACACAACCACUGAAAGCACUGCAGAUACUCAUCAAGUAAAUGGUACUUAUAAAGUAGAGGAAAAUCGUAAUGGUGGUAUACAUAGAGAGGGUGUAGAUCAGCAGCAAGGAAGUGUUCUGAAAAAACUGGUAUCUAUACCCAGCUUCAAGAGGAGUUCAUCAAUCAAUCAGAAGGAUGAGUCUCAGUUAAUACGGAUGAAACAGAAAUAUGAAUUGACUGAUUUGCCUCCAGAUGCUAGGCCUCUGCUAGUUUUUCUAAACAAGAAAAGUGGAGCUCAGCGAGGAGAUUCACUUAGGCAGCGGUUGAACAUUUUAUUAAAUCCUGUGCAGGUCUUUGAGUUGAGCUCAACAGAAGGACCAGAAGUAGGCCUUUAUCUAUUCAGAAGGGUCCCUCACUUCAGGAUUCUCAUCUGUGGAGGAGAUGGUACUGUCGGAUGGGUUUUAAAUGCUAUAGAUAAACAAAACUUUGUUUCACCCCCACCAGUAGCAAUACUUCCUGCUGGGACGGGAAAUGAUUUGGCUAGAGUUCUUUCCUGGGGAGGUGGCUUGGGUUCAGUUGAGAGGCAAGGAGGUCUUUGCACACUUUUGCAUGAUAUAGAACAAGCAGCGGUAACCAUCCUUGAUCGUUGGAAAGUUUCAAUCUUAAACCAACAAGGGGAGCUGCUUCAACCUCCAAAGUUCUUGAACAACUACCUUGGUGUUGGUUGCGAUGCAAAGGUUGCAUUAGAAAUCCAUAAUAUGAGGGAGGAAAACCCGGAAAAGUUCUACAACCAGUUCAUGAACAAAGUUCUUUAUGCCAGAGAAGGUGCCAGGAGUAUCAUGGACAGGACAUUUGCAGAUUUUCCAUGGCAAGUUCAUGUGGAGGUUGAUGGUGUUGAGAUCGAGGUUCCUGAGGAUGCAGAAGGUGUUCUUGUAGCUAAUAUUGGGAGCUACAUGGGCGGAGUAGACUUGUGGCAGAAUGAAGAUGAAAGCUAUGAUAAUCUUGAUCCUCAAUCCAUGCACGAUAAGAUGCUGGAGGUUGUAAGCAUUUCUGGUACCUGGCAUCUUGGGAAGCUUCAGGUGGGGCUUUCCAAAGCUCGGCGGCUUGCACAAGGACAAGUGAUUAAAAUUCAACUUUUUGCUGCAUUUCCUGUUCAAGUAGAUGGAGAACCUUGGAAUCAGCAACCCUGUACAUUGACGAUAACACAUCAUGGACAGGCUUUUAUGCUGAAGAGAGCAGCAGAAGAAUCUCUAGGUCAUGCAGCAGCCAUAAUUGCAGAUGUGCUUGAGAAUGCUGAAUCCAAUCAAGUAAUUAAUACGUCACAGAAGCGAGCACUUCUUCAAGAAAUGGCUAUCAGACUGUCUUAGCUGUGUUUGUUACACGAUCGGGCACACUGAUUUUUUUACUUUGCUACAGCUUAUGCUGAAUUUCUUAGUUACUGUGUUUUCUGUAUAAAAAGUCUUCUGCUUCAUCGCAUAGGUUCGUCCACUUCAUUUGUGAAAUAUCAAGAAGACUUGGAAUGCUUCUAGCUGAAGCUUGUUUGUAUAUUGAACUCCAGUGUAAAGACUUCUAAAUGAGGUGACUUUUGCAGCGGCUUGUUUAAAUGUGCGUCAAAUUUGAGUUUACGAGCUACAUCAAUCUUUAUUCUGA